AUGACGAAAGAUGAACUUCAAAGUUCAUUGGAAGCUCAUGAACAAAGGAUGGACGAAAGAGGAAACGAUAAAGCCAAAGCGGAAGUUGCUUUGCAAGCCCGUUUCAACGAGAAGAAUAAGAAAUCGAAAGGGAAAUGGCCUUUUAGAGGAAAGAAAAAUUUCCAGAAUUUUGAUGAAGAAGAGUCACAAAAUUCAAGGAAAGGUGAGGGCAGUUCCAAAGGUGGUGGUCAAGACAACUACAGGCCGUUCGACAAAAGUACCAAGAUGUGUUACAAUUGUCAAAAGCUUGGGCAUUUCGCAAGAGAGUGUAUAGCGAAACCAAGGGAGAAUCAUGCGAAUGAGGCUAAGGUUUCUAGGCAAGACGUGGAUUAUGAUAACACGGUUCUUGUAAUGAUCACGAAAGAGAACUAUGGCAUUAAAGAGGUGCAGGACAACAACUGUGACAAGAGGAAGUUGUUGGGCAGCAACUAUUGCAGUGCAGAAAAAUCUGCAAUAACGCAUUCGGAGAAAAGCGCAAUGGUAACAGUUCGAGAUGGAGGCCAAGGGAGAAAUGAGUGGUACUUGGACUCAGGUUGUUUGACACAUAUGACGGAAAGAAAGGAUUGGUUCGUGAAGAUCAAUCAAGCCACGCGAAGUAGGGUGAAAUUCGCGGAUGACACGACAUUAGCGGCCGACGGUAUCAGUGAUGUUUUGAUCAUGAGAAGGGAUGGUGGUCAUUCCUUGAUCAAAGAUGUGCUGUACAUUCCAGGAAUCAAGUGUAAUCUCUUGAGUAUUGGCCAAUUGCUUGAGAGGAAUUACAUGAUUCAGAUGGAGAACAAGGUUUUGCGCGUUUUGGACCAAAACGGUGUUUUGAUCCUUAAGGCUUCUAUGGCUGCCAAUAGGACUUUCAAGAUUGAGUAG